AUGAGUUGCAAACAGAUCUCCUCAUCUUUCUGGAGCAGCAGCUGCGGAGGAGGAGGGGGAAGUGGGGGUAGCAUGAGGUCCUCCUUCAGUCGCUCCUCCCAGGCUGGUGGAGGAGGGGGCCGCUUUCGCUCUCCCAGUGGAUUUGGUGGGGGUGGCUUUUCGGCCUGUGGCAGUGGAGGUGGUGGCAGUUUUGGCUCUAGCUACAGUGGAGGAUAUGGAGGGGGUUUUAGUUCACGGAGUUCUGGCGGUAGAUUCCGUGGAGGUUCUGGAAGUGGCUUUGGUGGUGGCUCUGGAAGUGGUUUUGGUGGUGGCUCUGGAAGUGGCUUUGGUGGUGGCUCUGGAAGUGGUUUUGGUGGUGGCUCUGGAAGUGGCUUUGGUGGAGGCUCUGGAGGUGGUGAAGGUGGCAUUCUGACUACCAAUGAGAAGACUGUCAUGCAGAAUCUCAACUCCCGUCUGGCCUCCUAUAUGGAUAAAGUACAGCAACUGGAGGGAGACAACACCUCCCUGGAGAGGCAGAUCCAGGAAUGGUAUUCAAAGAAGGGGCCCAGAAUCUUCCAGAAGGACUACUCCCCUUACUACGAUACUAUUGAAGACUUGAAGGGCAGGAUUGAGGAUCUCACGGUGACCAACAACAAAAUGCUCCUGGACCUAGACAAUAUUCACAUGAAUUUAGACGACUUCAGGGUUAAGUAUGAGAUGGAGCAGACCCUGCGCCAAGGGAUGGAAGCUGAUAUUAAUGGCCUGCGGAAGGUGGCGGAUGAUCUGACUUUGGGCACAAGCAAUAUAGAGAUGACGUAUUCUGAUCUGCAGGACGAACUGAAGGCUCUUAAUGAGAACCACCAGGAGGAGAUGAGCCAGCUCACGGGCCAGAACGAUGGAGACGUUAACGUGGAGAUAAAUGUUGCUCCUAGCACAGACCUCACCCAGGCCCUCAAUGACAUGCGUGAGGAGUAUGAAAAGGCCAUUUCCAAGACCCGCCAGGACGUUGAGCAAUACUAUGAGUCCAAGAUGACCCAGAUUGAACAAGAAGUGAAAAAUAACGGUGAAGAGAUGGAGAGAAAUAUGAAGGAAGUAUCCCAGCUGCAGCACAACAUCCAGGAGCUGAACAUCGAGCUGCAGACUCAGCUUAGCACGAAAUCAGCCCUGGAGAAGGCUUUGGAAGACACAAAGAACCGCUACUGUGGCCAGCUGCAGCAGAUCCAGGGGCAGAUCUGUGAAGUGGAGGCCCAGCUUGCUGAGGUCCGGGCAGAAAUCGAGUGCCAGAGCCAGGAAUACAGCAUUCUACUCAGCGUCAAGACAUGGCUAGAGAAAGAGAUUCAUACCUACCGCACCCUCCUUGAAGACGGCCAGCAAGACUUUGAAUCGUCUGGAGCUGGACAAAUUGGCUUUGGAAGUGGCAAAGGAAGACAAGGAGGAAGUGGAGGCAGCUAUGGUGGAGGAAGUGAGGGCAGCUAUGGCAGAGGAAGUGGAGGAGGCUAUGGUAGGGGAAGUGGAGGUAGCUAUGGUGGAGGAAGUGGAGGUAGCUAUGGUGGAGGAAGUAGUGGCAGCCAUCGAGGAGGAAGUGGGGGCAGCCAUGGAGGAGGAAGUGGAGGCAGCCAUGGAGGAGGAAGUGGGGGCAGCCAUGGAGGAGGAAGUGGAGGCAGCCAUGGAGGAGGAAGUGGGGGCAGCUAUGGUGGAGGGAGUAGCUCAGGAGGAGGAAGUGGGGGCAGCUAUGGUGGAGGAAGUAGCUCAGGAGGAGGAAGUGCGGGCAGCUAUGGUGGAGGAAGUGGUUCAGGAGGAGGAAGUGGAGGUAGCUAUGGUGGAGGAAGUAGCUCAGGAGGAGGAAGUGGGGGCAGCUAUGGUGGAGGAAGUGGUUCAGGAGGAGGAAGUGGAGGCAGCUAUGGUGGAGGAAACCGAAGGCCAUCUCAGUCCCAGUCCUCCUCAAAAUCUGUCGAGUGCGAUGAUGAGUCACAAGGCCACCAGAUGCGAUACUAG